AUGUUUUUCGUGCGACCUUGUCAUGUUAUCAAUAAAAACUUUCAAGGGUGCAAAAGCGUAUUACGUUAUGCUUCACUUCAUUAUAAAAUUUCAAUUUCUUCUUCAAAAGUGGUUUCACUAACAAAAGUGACAACAAGAAAUGAAAUUCGCAUGAGAGUUAAAGUUGAAACACAAGGGUUUGAAAGUCUCAAAUCUUCCAUUAAACAUGUUUUGAAUUCCAUUACAAAUUGUUGCAUAAGAAAUCAUUUUUACCAAGCCAUGAACACAAAUUUUAGGGAAGAAAAACACCAGAAGAAGGAGAUAAGUUUAAAGUUUAAGCUGACGUCUUGUGUUGAAUAUUUGACUUUCGACAAGUUUGCACUUAAACUUAAACAUUUUCGUCCAUUUCAGCAUAAAAUUUGUAAAGUAAAAGUAAGCGAAAUUUCUGAGAAGAAUUGUUGGUGUCGCAGAAUGUUUCAUUCAUGGAAUAUGAGAACAUUAAACAUUUCAUUCUUAAACGACUGA